AUGGGCUACGUGUUGGAAAGUGCUGCAGGGCCACAUACAAUAGUCAAUGGCAAAGAAUCGACGCCAUUACUGACUUCACCCCCAAGUGAGGGUAGCUUGACUGACAUUUUAGUGAGGAAACCUUCGUCUUCUUCAGCUCCCAGUAUUGUGGAUCCAAAAGUGUUACUGGAACUCUUCUCGAUGUACCGUGAGUGGCAGGAGGAGAAUGUCAAAAAGCUGAGCCAAAAACAGGAAGAGAUAGAGAACAAGAUAGAAAUUGCGGACGCGUUGUCUGUUAAACUUAAGCAACGUUUUAAUUAUUCAGUGACAGCAAUGAAGACAUUCUCGCAACAUUUAUGUGGAGUUCAUGCACUGCAGGUAGAGAUUGGGGAACUUAAAGGAAGGUUGACGGAGGUUAUUAGCAACUGUGAUGCAGUGUGCAAGAGAAUAUCCGCAGAAGGACCAGAGUCUCUUCGGUCAUCUGUCAAGCCAUUAGUUAUCUGCACCGCACACCAAGAACACCAAUCUUGAUUGAGUAUUGUGCUGUGAUGUGCAGGAUUGUCAGGUGUAAUGGGGGUUGCUUGUAUUCAAGAAGUUGGGAAAGCCAGCCUCUUUUUUGAGUUAGGCUAGCUUUUAAUUAACAUUUUUGUAGCAAUUAUGAACAAACAUGAAUACUAAUUGCUAGGCUAGCCUUGUAGUAGGUGAAUUGGGGUUUUAUUUUGACCAUUUUGUAAACUGUUAAGGAUGAUGAUUUCAGAUAUAAUAGCUCAAUAUUCAAAUCA